CUGCUCCGGAAUGUUAUUUAUGGCAGGCGCGCCCCCGCGGACUGCACCGUUAUUAUUCGACGAGCGACUGACACCGAAACUACAAUGUCAAACAUUUUCGGGACACCGAGCGCUUCCGUGUUCACCCGCGUCGGGAAGGACCCGUCCUGAUUUGUUAGUAUACGCACAAAACCAACGCACAAUCAAAUGAUAUAUCUGGAAGCAAAAGACUGAGAUGAUGUAUCAUCUUUCAGACAAGGUGGAAGUGUGAGUGAGUCAGGGAGAGAUGGAGGUGAUUAGAAGAAAAGACUCCGACUCAAACGGCCUCUUCUCGGACAACUCAGACAAUGACUGUGAGGAUAUGGGGGCUUGUGGACAGACCACUGGAGUGUGUUUGUGUGAAAAUAACCCCUUUACCACCUGUGAUCAGCAUCCACAGGAGGACUCCAGUGUGAAAUGUGUCCAGUGUGGUAAGAACAGACCCAUGAUCACCAGAUACUCAGAAGGUUACGGCACAGAGGAGGAGUGUGUCCAGUCUCAUCUUCAGGGAGACAGCGAUGCUGAUGCAGACAUCGAAGACACAGACAGCAGGCUCCAGAUUGUGGGUUCCCUCCAACGAAUCAGCUCCCGGAAGAGAAAGCGUCAACGAAUCACGCGGCAGGACACAACGGAGAGUGAAGACGACGGUGGGCGGAGCCACAGGACGCACCGCUGGAGUCUCCGCCUCAGUCCUCAUCGCACGCAUAACAGGACCAUACUGGAGGAGAGCAUUUCUCAGGUGCGGCCGCUGGUAAUCUGCCGUUGUGCAGCGCGAGAGACUCAAAAUGCCACGGACGACAAACCCGACAGAGGAAAAUGGCCCUUGACAGUGUUUCCCGUCCCUCUGUGCCUUCCUGUGUCUUGUUAUUUGCUCAUCGUCCCUCUCUCCGUAUCCAUUAUCAUCGUUCUCAUGUCAUUCCUCCUACCACUCACAGACACUUGACAUUGCCUUAAAAUAUUGUUGUAUAACCCUCUUCACUAUAUGAAUCAAUUCAUUUCUGUUUAGUUGUGUCUACAUGUACAGUAUAUUAGACUCUUUUAUACAGUGUUAUCUAUAGAAACCUGUUUCUGCCACAUGAGGAAAAAUUAUUUGGUAAAUCAUUAUGAGAUAAAAAGUACAAGAUACACAAAGUCAUAAUUAUGAGAUGAAAAUGUCAAGUUAUGACAAAAAUCAUUAUGACAUACUAAGUCAUAAUUAUAAGAUAAAAUGUCAAAUUAUGGUAUGUCAAAUCAAUAUGACAUGCCAAGUCAUAGUUAUAAGAUCAAAUGUCAAAUUUGACAGUAAGUCAUAAUUGUGAGAUAAAAUGUCAAAUUAUGACAGUAUGUCAUAAUUAUGAGAUAAAAUGGCAAGUUAUGACAAAAUCAAUAGGACAUGCUAAGUCAAUUGUGAGAUAAAAAUGUCAAAUUAUGACAAAAAUCAAUAUGACAUACUAAGUCAUAGUUAUGAAAUCAAAUGUCAAAUUUGGACAGUAAGUCAGAAUUAUGAGAUAGAGUGUCAAAUUAUGACAGCAAGUCAUAAUAAUGAGAUAAAAUGUCAAAUUAUGACAAAAAUCAUUGUGACAUACUAAGUCAUAGUUAUGAGAUAAAAUGUACAUUUUUGAUAGUAAGUCAUAAUUAUGAGAUAAAAUGUGAAAUUAUGACAAAAAUCAAUAUGACAAACUGAGUCAUAAUUAUGAGAUCACAUGUCAAGUUUUGACAGUAAGUCAUAAUUAUAAGAUAAAAUGUCAAAUUAUGACAAAAAUCAAUAUGACAUACCAUGUGGUAGUUAUGAGAUCACAUGUCAAGUUUUGACAGUAAGUAAUAAUUAUGAGAUAAAAUGUCAAAUUAAUGCAAAAUCAAUAGGACAUGCUAAGUCAAUUAUGAGAUAAAAUGUCAAAUUAUGACAAAAAUCAGUUAUGAGAUAAUAUGUAUUUUUUUGAUAGUGUCAUAAUUAUGAGGAACAAAAUGUAAAAUUAUGACAAAAAUCAGUAUGACAAAUCAAGUCAUAGUAAAGAGAUUACUUGUCAAGUUUUGACAGUAAGUAAUAAUUAUGAGAUAAAAUGUCAAAUUAUGACAAAAAUCAAUAUGACAUA